AUGACUGCCACUUAUCGUCUACAACUGCCGCUACUCAUCAUCACAUAUGUCAUAUUCUCAUCCACAAUAGAAGUUGUUAACGCUAUUGAAUACGCUAGUCCAAAAAUAAAUCAAAAAAUCCUUAUUGGACCAAGCGAUAUCACUACGUAUCCGGGCGAAACAAUUCAAUUUCCGUGUAUUGUUUCAAAACAACCCGAUGCUAUUGUAACAUGGUGUUGGAAUGAUUUUUGUACACUCGGUAAAACGCAAUUAAUUUCAAAUGAAACAACACAAGAUGGUUUAAUACGUAUUUUUCAAUAUACUGGUUAUCCGAGAUUUCAAUUAUCUAUUAAUGAACGACUGCAUCACUAUAAUUUGUCAAUUGUUCAUGUAUCAAAUAAAGACGAAGGGAUAUUUCAAUGUCAAGUACAGAGAACAAUGAAUGCCCAUGAAGCACGUUCAGAACGUGUUCAUUUAAUUCUUAUUGCUCCUCCAAAUGGUCAACCUACAUUAUUACUACCACAUAUGCCAUUAAAACAAGGUCAAUCAGUCAAUAUAACUUGUUUGUCGGCUCCAUCAAAGCCGGCAUCAAAAUUAAUGUUAUAUAAAAAUGAACAAAUAAUAGCAAAAAAGACGUCAUUAAUGCAUUUCUAUGAAUUUGAUAUGAAAACAAAAAAAAAUUUAACAAAAUUAGUUUACAAUAUCGAUGAUCUAGAUGGUGAUUGGGAUAAUGCUCGUGUUCGAUGUGAACAAAUCUAUCAAUAUGCCGAUAAUUUUCAGAAAGAUGUUUCAACAAGAAUACAAGUGCAAUAUAAACCAAAAGCUCGUAUUGAAUCUCAAAAUCGUCAUUCAUUAUCAAUUAAUUCAACAGCAACUUUUCGUUGUAUUGUUCAUGGCAAUCCUGAACCUCAAUUAAGAUGGUUUGCUAAUGCAAUGGAUUUAACAUCAAUAACAAGUUCUGUAAUAAAUAUUCCAUUGUCAAGACAUGUACAUAAUCAUUCAAUCGGCUGUACAGCAACAAAUUCAAUUGGUACAACUAAUACAAGCCUUCGAUUAAUAAUUCGAUAUCCUCCAACAUUCGUUAUUCGUCCACCAAAGUUUGUUGUUGUUGAUUUUGACAAUAAAUCACCAUCAUCAAAACCAAUGAUACUUCGUUGUGUGGUGGAUUCAUUUCCUCGUUCAGCAAUAUCAUGGUUUCGUUAUGGACAUAAAAUAGCAGAAGGUUCAACGUUUAAUCUCGAAAAUAUAACCACACGAGAACAGCAAGGACUCUAUUCAUAUCGAAUUGAAACCAGUGGUUUUGAAACAAUUCAUGCAGAUUUCAUAAUUUACAUUAAAGGUAAACCAUUGAUUUAUAUUCAAGAAUCCAGACAAUAUCGUUCAUCAAAUAAUCGCGAAUUUGAAUGUCAAGUUUAUUCAUCAACUUCGAUUCUUAGAAUAAGUUGGAAAUUAAAUGGUCAAUCCAUUGAAUCAAAUGAUCAAUCAUUAAUAUCAACAAUAUGUGAUGAAAACAGUUGUUUAUCAAAGCUAACGUAUAAUAAUAGAAAAAUAGUUUCAUCAACAAAUAAUAUUAAUCGUUUAUCGUGUAUUGCUGAAAAUGAAUACGGAUAUGAACAAAGUCGUCUCUAUCAAAUUGAUUUCUUCGAAGAUCAAUCAACAACUUUAAUAUCGAUUAUUUUAAGUAUAUUUAUCCUUCUAAUUAUUUUAUCGAUUGCUGCGAUCUAUUGUGGUUGUCGUGUUCGACGCAGUAGAAAAAGUUCAAUGAAAAAUCUUCCAAUUGUUUAUGAUGCACAUUAUUCAAUAAAUGAAUUAAUCAAAGAUGUUACGUCUUUACAAGCAUCUGACGGACGUUUACGUAAAACAACAUUUAAUGAUAAUGAUAGAUUAUCAUUAACAUUAGAACAAAAUAAAAUAGAACCAACAGAUAAUUUGAUGACAUCAUUAUUCAAUAAUAAUCGUACAAAAAAACUAAUGGAUAAUUUAUCGAAUGAAUCAUCAACAAAUAGUUCUGGUUUUCAUUCAAAAUCUACAACAACAACGUUUAAUAAUAAUAAUGAAUAUAGUCCUAGAUUUGCUGAAAUAACGGAUUAUACAUUUUCAGGUAUAACUCCAUUAUAUACAUCACAAUAUCAAAUGAAUGUGUGA